UGCAACAGGGGAAAGACGAGCUCUUCUGCCUCUUGUGUUGAGAGUAUAUCUGGCCUGGUCUGAUUACAACCAGUUUGAGGAGUGUUUGUACUCUGAGACACUUUGCGUGGGUGCAGGACAUAUGGAAUGUUAGAGACCAGCUGGUGGCGUUAGUGCGCGCACACACGGCCGUUUACCAGCAUCCCCACCAGAGAAGAAGAAGCAGUACGCUGUCAGUAAGCAGAGCAGCGUGAGCGUGUGGAGGUCGAACUCGGGAGUCCAACAUGUCUGUGCUCCACCCGACUCUCCUGCUGUGUGUGUACGGCUUCUUCUCCAACCUGCGGCCAUCAGAGCCUUUCCUCACCGCCUACCUGAUGGGGCCAGACAAGAACCUGACGGAGACUCAGGUCGUAAAUGAAAUCUAUCCAAUCUGGACAUAUUCCUACCUGGUGCUGCUGUUCCCCAUCUUCCUGGCCACUGACUACCUCUGUUACAAGCCUGUGUUGGUCCUGCAGGCCACCAGCUUAGUAGUGACUUAUGUAAUGUUGCUGAAGGUGCAGGGCGUGCUGGCCAUGCAGCUCCUGGAGUUUUUCUUUGGGCUCGCCACAGCCUCCGAUGUGGCCUACUACUCUUACAUCUACAGCGUGGUGGCGCCGGCGCACUACCAGAGAGUGACGGGUUACUGCCGCAGCAUCACUCUGUUUGGAUCCGCUGCUGGGUCUCUGACGGGUCAGCUGCUCCUCUCUGGGGCCAAAGUUCGGCUGGUCCACCUUGUCAUCAUCACUCUGGCGUCAACCGCUGCAGCCUUUGUGGCUCCCUGGUUUCUGCCCAUGCCCAAGAAGAGCUUGUUCUUCCACAAGACUGCGGCAGCAGUGGCCCUGUUGGAGAAGGCUGAGGACCCGCAGAGGGAGCAGGUUGUCUCCACAAUAUCCAGUUCCUCUGAGACACGGAGUCAUAGUGUCGUGGAGGUGAUACGGAUACUGUUUGAUGACUUCCUGACGUGCUACAGAUGUCGACCACUGUUGGCCUGGUCGGUGUGGUGGGCUCUGUCCACCUGCGGCUACUUCCAGGUCAUCAACUACUCUCAAGCACUGUGGGAGAACGUCCGUCCAUCGCAGGACUACGAAAUCUAUAACGGCUACGUAGAGACGCUGUCCACACUGCUGGGGGCUCUGGCUGCUCUGCUGGUGGGCUACCUGCCUGUGUGCUGGGCUGUGUGGGGGGAGCUGGCUCUGUGUGUCCUCUCCCUGCUGAUGGCUGCGUGUGUGCUUGUCAUGGACAUGCUGAAGAACAUCUGGCUGUGUUACAGCUCGUACGUCCUCUUCAGAGCCACCUACAUGCUGCUCAUCACUGUGGCCACAUAUCAGAUCGCAGCCAGUCUCAGCAUGCAGCGCUACGCCCUGGUGUUUGGAGUGAACACCUUCCUCGCCCUGCUGCUGCAGUCUCUCCUCACUGUGGUGGUGGUGGACUCCGCCGGCCUCGGCCUCGACGUCUCCAGUCAGUUCCUCAUCUACGGCGUCUACUUUGCUGUUAUUUCUCUGGUCUUCCUCCUUGCUGCGCUUUGCAAAUUGUUCUCCAGGAGGCGCUCCAAGCAGCAGGAGGUCCUGGCCAACAGCCGAGCACAAACGGAGUCAGACUCUGCUCCGGCUGGAGACGGCAGCUCCUGAAGAUAGGGCAUAAUGAUUAUGAGCUCGUCAUGUAAAGGAGCCCACAGGUGAGUGAGCACGGUGCGUCCACGAGGUGAGCGCCAGUGUUGUAUAACGACUGCAGACAUUAAAACACUUCCAGUUGGACCAAUUGAUUUUGGCCACAAGUAGCAGAAGAAUUCCAGAACACUUCACUGUACUGCGGCUUUAAGACUGUUUGUGUUGAGGUUGCUGAGAGCCCUGAGGCGGAGCCAUGCAGCAUCACCGGAGCUGCGUGAUGAUCCUCCUUCAGUUCACACACAUGAACAAUCUAUGAUCCCGAAUAACGGGCUUCAUCUCAUGUCGCACUAUUUUACAAAUGUUCAGAAUUCCAUUUCUUAGUUUAAUGAAGUUGGUGCCUUGAUGUUAAAAAAGCUAAAUAAAGACUAGGGAUGGUACCUUUCUUAAAGGCACUGCCACUUCUGUGUUACGUUUGAAAGUAUUCUGUAUUAUAUUAUGUGUUAAAGUAUGUAUUAUUUCUUCCUAUAAUUGCAGAUUGCAGUUGAUCUAAUGAAAGACGAUGAAACGAUGCUGUAGAAGCUUGAAAUGUUACAAAGCACCACAUGUUCAUUACUGCAGUGAAGGAACAUGAUGAUGAUGAUAAUAAUGGAGUUUUGUGUUGCAGAGGAAGAUGUCAGGUGACAGAAAAUAUAGAACAUAAUGUUAUAUUAGAAUAUAACUUAUAUUUUAUGUGUAGAAGUGAUGACCAAAGUAUUGUCUGACCUGAACCACAUUAGGCAGCGACGCGUGGUGACGGCCUCAUUAACUCUUCAUAACGAUGCUUUGUAGCUCUUGUAGAAGUAAUACUUUAUUUGUUUUGUAGUACAAUCAGUGACUAAUGUUUCAUGUAAAAGUGUUUUAAAUGUUAUUCAUGUUGUAUGAAAGCACGUGUCAUCACUACUGAUCUGUGUACAUCAGAAGUGAGGAUGGAUUUUAAACAGGAGGCCUUUUGCUGUGCGAAGCGGCUCCGCUGCUCUUUCCUCAGGAAGGUUCACUGCACAUCUCUGUGGCUUAGGUGGAGCGGGUCGUCCGCUAGCCUGCCGAUCAGGGGGGUUAGACCCCCGGCUCCUCCAGUCCAAGUGUCCUUGGGCAGGAUACUAAACCCUGCCCCCCCCCCCACAGCUGCUGUCUCUGCAAUAACUACCAAAUGUUUUGCCUACUAAAUAUUGUCUUUUUGUGUUAUAUAUAUGUGUGUUUGUUUUCACUGUUCACAUUCUUUUUUCACAAAACAGGAAGUCUCCAGCCACAAUAGUGAGAGGUGCUUAGAGAUGAGCACACAUGGCGGCAUGCUUACAGCAGCACUUUACAUGUUGAAAUGCUAACAUUUGCUAAUUAGUACGACACGCACAGUGCAGCUGAAGCUGAUGGGAUGCAGGUAUUUGUUCAUAAGCCAAAGUAUUGGACAAAUGUAAAUGUUGACCUGAUGGCACUAGAUGGAAGGAUGAGAGGGAACAUGAACAUCUGAACCACAUUUCAUGUCAAUUCAUCCACUAGUUGAGAUGUUCCACUCAAAUGUAAAGCUGUCAAGCUGAGUGUUGUUCCUAAUUCACUGAUGAGUGAAUGUUUUGCUGGUUGGUUGGAUAAAUGAUUAAAAUGUCAGUCUGUAACAUGCAAACA